AUGGCAUCCACCAAUGAGAGCGCUGCUUUGAGCAGUUCCGGCAACGCUCCCGGCAAAAUAGCGCCAAAUGCAGCAACCAACUCUGCAACGGCAACCACCUCUGCCACGAGCCCGUUUACGGUCAAGGCGGGCCUUGCUCAAAUGCUCAAGGGUGGUGUUAUUAUGGACGUCACCAAUGCUGAGCAGGCGCGCAUCGCUGAGGAGGCCGGCGCCUGUGCCGUUAUGGCGCUUGAGCGUGUGCCUGCUGACAUCCGUGCGACUGGUGGCGUUGCGCGCAUGAGUGACCCUGCCAUCAUCAAGGCCAUCCAGGCGGCGGUGACAAUCCCGGUCAUGGCCAAGGCCCGCAUCGGGCACUUUGUGGAGUGCCAGAUUCUCGAAGCACUGGCCGUCGACUACAUUGACGAGAGCGAGGUGCUGACACCCGCCGACGACGCCUUCCACGUUGAAAAGGACGAGUUCUCAGUUCCUUUUGUAUGUGGCUGCCGCAACCUGGGCGAGGCCCUGCGUCGCGUCGCCGAGGGCGCGGCCAUGCUGCGAACCAAGGGCGAAGCCGGCACGGGUGACGUUGUCGAAGCUGUCAAGCACGUGCGUGCCGUGCGUGCCGAUAUUUGCGCGGCCCAGUCUGUCCUGAAACAGUCUGGCGAGAGCGGCAUCCGCGCCCUGGCCCGCGAACUGGGCUGUGACGCAACUCUGCUGCGCGAGACCGCCGAGCUUGGCCGGCUACCAGUGGUUAACUUUGCCGCAGGCGGCAUUGCAACGCCAGCGGACGCUGCGCUCAUGAUGCAGCUUGGCUGCGAUGGAGUCUUUGUCGGCAGCGGCAUCUUCAAGUCCGGCGACGCGGCCCAGCGCGCCAAAGCCAUUGUGCGGGCCACAACCCACUACAGUGACGCACAGGUGCUUGCCGAGUGCAGUGAGGGGCUUGGCGAGGCCAUGGUCGGCAUCAGCGUUCGAAGUCUAAGGACAGAAGACAAGCUGGCCGGUCGCGGUUGGUAG